UGGGUAUAAGUCGGCUAUUAUAUAAUAUUGUAUCUAAAUGAAGUGUCCAACGUGUUUUUUUGGUUCUUAUGUUUCCGUGACAGUGCCGUCGUUCGUUCCCUAGUUUGACUUAUGCUGAAAAACCCUCUCGACAGUGCCCAAAUAAUGACUGUCCAAAAUCUGGAUACCUUAGACGCUAAGAACGGUGAAACUAUGCAAAAUAUUAGCGACAAAGCAACUAAUGAUGCUCAGUCGGCUAAGAACGGACAUAUUAGUUUUAGUGUAGCUUCCCUCUUGGCCGACACUAGGCCCAGCAAGUCAGUGUCGCCCAAUUCCUCCACUAUCCCGUCGUCCAGCCCGACGCAUCAGUCUUCCGACGAUGAAUACGACUCCAACCAAGAAGACUCCAUCGUGGACGUGGAAGAUCUGAACGCCGAGAGCAAAAUAGAAGACUCUCCGUCGAAAGAGAGCGAUUUCGUGUCUCAGAGAGACAUCCGCGAAAGAGACUCUUUGCUGAGCCAAGGUCCCAUCAGGCCGACGCCUUUCUCUGCUCUUGCGGCAGCCGUGUACCAGGCCGCGCAUCCUAACUGGUCUCAUCAAGGUCUGGUGAAUCCGUUCGGAGGACCGGGGCCCAUGUUCCAAGGCGCCGCACCAUUCGGGGUUCCCAAUAUGAACUCAGUGGACACAAAUGGAGAACCUCCCAAGCUGAAAUGUAAUUUAAGAAAACACAAACCAAAUAGGAAACCCAGGACGCCUUUCACGACGCAACAGUUAUUGGCGUUGGAGAAGAAAUUUCGUGAUAAGCAGUAUCUUAGUAUAGCAGAAAGAGCAGAGUUUUCAAGUUCCUUACGGUUGACGGAAACACAAGUAAAAAUUUGGUUCCAAAACCGUCGAGCGAAAGCCAAACGUCUUCAAGAAGCAGAACUGGAAAAACUGAAAAUGGCGUCGCUGUCCCGUCAUCAUCACGCGCUGUACCCCCAUCCGGCGCUCCAGGGCUACUUCUCGCCAGCGACGCACCCUCUGGCUUCGCUUCUGGGGGCCAGGCCGCCCAUGGCGCCCCUAGGACUCAUCCCCCAACCGCCGCCGCCCCACAUGGCGUCCCCGCAGAGCAGCAUCAGGUCUCCCAGCCCGCAUAUUAACUAAUAAAUGCAUCAGAAGAGUUUUUGGGGUACGAGCGAGUAUGAAGGUUUCGAUGUACAAAGCAUUUUUGUAUCGGCUAGGUAGUUAGUUUGCGCGAUUUAAUGGAUUUCACGCCAUUUGUCUCCGAUUGUUAAUAGAUGAAAAGGAAGUGUUACAUUUAAAAUUUUUAUAAAAGUGAUAUUUGAGUAGUAUUACAUACAGGUAAUUAAAAGUUGUUAAUGCAUAA